AUGAAUUUGAACAUGGAACCCAUGGAAGCAGCAGACACAGCCCAUAACAAAAAACAGCGGGGGAAAUUAUUCUACAUAUCAACUUCAGCUUCAGAUGACCAGCAGCCUUCGUCUGUAGACGCCAACCAGCAGAUAUCCGACGAGGACGAUGACUCUUCUUGGUCUGAAUAUUCUGAUGACCAAGACGAGCCAAACCAACCAAUCAGCUUUGAGAAGCUGCCGAAGAGAUCCAUGUCCGCUGCCGGUGGUUUUACCUAUUUUCUAUCCAACAAGCCCAUUUACCCGAGCCAAGACAAAUUGAGUUUAUUGUCAACUAUGUUCAAUAGCCAGCAGAACCUCACAAAGGCUACGGAAAAUCACUCUCCUAAUAACUCCGAAGACUCCUCGGAUAAAGACUGUGGUUUGGAAUUUAACGCUAGAAAUAGCAGACGUCUACAGAAAAAGUCACAAAGUGCUAUGAAUAUUCCCCACAAAGGCACUUCACAAGAUACGAGCUAUGCAUCCACUCUUGUUGGUUCAGAAAGUGGUGCACAGGGUGAUCAACCUCCCCACAGUCCCCACAGUGCUCCAGGUCCUUUAGAAAUACCAGAUGCUCCUCUUAGUGCACGUCCACAGUCACCACGCACCAUCAGACGCAACAUGCUAGCAUCAGAAUUGAGUGAAAGUCUACGCAAAUCCAUUCUCUGGGAGCGUGAAACCAGGGCUAGAAUGCUGCUUGGUGGUCACAACAACAGUUCUGGGAUGCUCAAUGCAAAGCUCCGCGAGAAAUUUGCUCGUCAGGAAGCUGAAGCUGAGGCUUUAGCAAGGCAAAGAGAGGAUGAGGAAGAAGAGUAUUUUGAUGAUGAUAUGGACUUAGAUUCAGCUGCGCACAAUGCGCGUAUCAAAAAUAGAGUCGAUUCUAUAAAGAGUAACAAUAACACUUUCCCCAACACAUCCAACACAUCCCAUAGGAGAUAUAAAUCCACUCCUGAACGCAGCGAUAACCAAUACCCACACAAAAUGUUAUCGACUAGCACAAUCAACAAUAACCCAUCAAGCUCGUCGAUUGCUGGUAGAAAUCUCACAGAGAAUGACCUAUCCAAGUAUCGGAGACCGCGAACGAGUACAAAUAACUAUUUGUCGUCAUCACCUGACUAUCAUGGGUCUGGGUGGUGA